CAAAUGUUCCGCGACGGUGUUAAUUUGUGUGCUCUGAUAAAAUCGUGUGAUAUCGUGUAGAAAAUUAUCAAUUUUCAUCUCAAGUUUUGACUAGAAUGUGUCUAAAACUGUCGUUUUGCGUUUCAUCGUACGUGAUAGUGAAUAUUUGCGGCAGAGACUGCUAAAAUUCGCAAAUUCUAUGUCCUGUUUUUCGUUGGUGUUUAUUUGGUUGAGAAAAGAACUACGUUUUGUGUGUGGUUUUCGUUUUGUGGUACGCAUCUGGAAAAAACAAACCACAGUUCCUGAAUUUUGGCAAACGGUGUGUGCUAGCAGAAGGGCAUAAACGGAACUAAAGAGCAAUAUCAACCAAAACAACACAAGAUGGAGAUAACCGACGAUCGUGUAUAUGCCGCAGAGCGAAUAAUGAAAAAACGCGUGCGAGCGGGCAAAGUGGAAUACCUCGUCAAGUGGAAAGGUUGGAGUACGCGACACAAUACAUGGGAGCCUGAAGAGAAUAUCCUCGAUAUCCGGCUCAUCGACAUCUUCGAACGAUCCUUGCGUGGUAACUCGACACCCAAACGUAAGAAGAAGCCAGUAAUUGAGGACUCUGACGACGAUGACGUUCCAGUGCCUGCACCAACAACACCUGCGGUAUCUGCUGCAACACCUGAACCAGAACCAGAACCCGUCAAAGAGAAACCCAUUAAGGAUAUCGUUAAGAAGGAAAAGGAAGACAAACAUAACAAAAAGGACAGAGAGAAGGAGGCGAACGAAAGUUCUAAGUCCACCGUUGUUGUGGCCAAAUCUAGUUCGAGUAGUCCGCUCUCGAACGUACCAAAGGACAAGAAUAUUAUUAACGAGGCUGCUGGUUCAUCCUCCGGGGGCAAGUUACCCUCACAAGUACCCAGUUUGAAAAUAUCGAUCUCUUGCGAAAAUAAUGACAAUGACACUGCAUCCAACAGCAGUGAUGAUCAGCCUCUGAGUCACAAAGACCCAGCUGGUACCAAGCGGAAGGCUGAAGUAUUGUCUAAAGAAGGAAAAGUGGGCGUUACAAUCAAAACUUCUCCUGAAGAGUGUAUCCCGGUGAAGCACCAAAGGCUAGAAGCCCCUUCAAUGGUUACUCCUGUAACGUCAGGUUUGAAACUAGACAUCAAAUCGGCAGCUCCUCUCUCUCCUGAUACGCCUGCAUCACGACCAGAGUCAAACAUUCCGCCUCUGGAAAAAUCGGCAGCUAUCGCAGCACCAAACGAGGUGUCAUCGGAUGAAAGUAAUGCCGCUAAGAAAUCGGCCUCCAAUGAUUUUCCUCCAGUGAGCAACAACAACACAAUCAACAAACACCAGCAUCUCACGCUAUCACCCCGAGCGGCUCCACCCCAGCUUUGGCUACCACGUGGACAGCCCACCGGACAAGUAUUUAUCACUGAUGUAACGGUAAACUUGGAAACAGUAACCAUACGGGAAUGUAAAACCGAGCGAGGAUUUUUCAAGGCGAGAGAUCUCAAGAGUGAUAUUGUUAAUUGAGACCGUUACAAUGAAUGAUUGAUGGUUCACGCGGGCGAGAUCCGCAUCAAGUUUCAUACGAGCGUAACAUGAAAUUGAUUGUAAAUAGCUGCUACAUACUUUAAGUCGGUAGAUCUUGGAAAUGUUCGAAUCGUUCGGUUUGGUUGGUUACUGCUAUAUCGUAAGAACUAUGAAGAGAAUCCUGGAAGGAUGGUCAAACUGAACGUAACAAUUUCUAGCUGCACACGAACCAUAAUGCUAAUGAUAUUGAUAUGACUGUUUAGUUUAUAGAUGAUUAUUGAUCUAUUUUAUGCAAACAAGAUAUUACAGAUGCUGGUGUUGUUUCGAGGAGCUAGUGGGAAUAUGACUGAUAAUUGCUUGCAUGUAUUGUUUAAACAAACGAAUUUGGUUGCAAACACACACACACAGAUCUAUGAGCUUUUAUGAAUUGUUCUUGAUUUUCCGUUAGAGAUUAGGUUUUUCCCCAUCCAGGAGAAUAUUUAUUCCUGAUCCCAGAUGAGCAGUGGAAACCCCUAGCUUUUAGUUUUGAUCAUUUGAAGAAAAUAUCAGUAUGUUUAGUUGUAAGGAUUUAGGAUUCUAGAUACUAAGUUGCAUAUUUUUGCAACCCUGAAGGAUUUUUAGCGUAAUCCUUCCGCCAUGGUAUGUACGGUACCGUAAAUUAGUGUGUUUGGAUCAUUGUGACGCCGCCAAGAAAAUCAAACGUUUUUUUGCAAAUUAUAAUUUUCCGUUAUUUACUAAAUUAUUCUCCUGACCAAAAAAAGUUUUAUUGUUUCUAUAUUCUGCAUAUCUUAUUUAUUGUAUUGAUAAAAACCUAUUUUAGGACCUCUUACAAAGAGAUCUUUACUCGUCAGCAAACAAAAACAACAAACUAAAUGAUAAGCAACCAAGAAGUACAUACAAAAAAAAAUUCAGUAUACAACAUCAAGUAAAGAAGAAAAAAACAGACAACAUAAAUAAACAGUACGCAUUCACUCUACCUACAACACAGUAUGUAUGUAUUUUUCUUCUAGUUUAUAGAGGCAUUGAUUGCGACACCAAUAAUAAAGCAAAAACUUCAAAAGCGAUA